CGGCCGAGCCUCACGUAGUAACAGCUCACGUCACGGAUAUUUAAAUGCGCCGCUAUAUAAACGCGCGCCACGGGCACGGUCUGCAGCGCAACUCGUUCCACGGUCUCGCAGCGGCAGCGUGCGGCGCCACCGAAGGAGACUCGGUGAACGUCAAAUAACAGAUAACUCAAGCUGCCGAGCCGCCGAUCUGCAAAUCGGAGCCACCAAGCCCUCCUUCACAAGUUGGUUCGGGAACUAACCCCCAUCCCUACCCCCACCCCAUUCAUCACCAACACCAACACCGUCAAGGCGACCAGGACCAGAGAGAGAGUGAGCAGGGCUUUGCUGACCACGUUUGGGAGCAACGCCGUACGCUCAUCAUCGACGCGCAACGGUGUCCAGACCGUCCUGCUCCCCCGCACGCUGCUGUAUCUGGGCGAGAGCGCGCGAUAACAAACAACCACUACUCUCGUCGUCUCUGGACUCCAACGACAACCGCCAAACGAACAAGAGCAACGCUUCAAUAUCGACCGUGCGAUGGAAAGCGCCAACUUCUACCCGGACCUCGACAGACCGUUCCUGGGCAAGGGCUUCUGCGUGGCGGGGUCGGGUCUGCAGGCGGACGAGGGCAUGGGCAGCGACCUGGGCGAUGCGUACGAGCACUCCAUCGACCUGAGCUCCUACAUCGAGCCCUCGUCGUCCGCCGGCCCCGGGAUCGAGCUGUACAGCGACGAGCUCCUGGCCGAGUUGUUCGCCAAGUCGGGAGAACACGGAGGAGCAGCGGCCAAAGCGCAAGCGUCGGCCUACGACUACCUCUACCCGCUGCCAUCGCUUCAGGUGCUCCCGGCUCUGCAAGCGCAGCACCAGCUCUUCGCUGGCUGUGUCCCGCAGGUGACCGACUCCAGGUUAGAGUCCGUCCACCACCACCAACACCACCACCAACAACAGCAGCAGCAGCAGCAUCAUCAGCAGCACCAGCAGCAGCAACAGCAGCAACAUCACGCGGUUGCGAGCGAAUCGCGCGCAUGGAUGAAACGCGAACCCGGGGAGGUGCACGGCGCGUGUUUGAGCAAGCAGCGUCAGCAGCAGCAGCAACAGCAGAGCUCCAAGUCCCAGAAGAACUGCAAGAAACUUCUGGACAAGGGCAGCGACGAGUACCGGCUGCGGCGGGAGAGGAAUAACAUCGCGGUGCGCAAGAGUCGUGACAAAGCCAAGCGCAGGUCCUUGGAGACUUCGUCCCGGGCGAUGGAACUCUCGAACGAGAACGAUCAACUGAGGCGCAGGAUCGACGAGCUCGUGCGAGAGCUGGGGACUCUGCGAGCUCUCAUCACCCGCCUGCCCGAUUCAGCGCUGCCACCGUCGGUCGUGGGCGGUCGGGAGUCUUGACGGAUGUCUGGGCCCAUCGACCGAUUUGACCGAUCGAGCGAGCGAGCGAGCGGCAACCGAUGACGUGAGAAGAAGAUACUUGCCGCGCCGUGCGAUCGUCAUCAUCCACUCCGGGGUCUCUCGUCUUCGUCUCGCUCACCGCAACGAAGAGCGUGGGCGUGAGAGGCACCAUCACUCACUCGGGGCAGGUGUGGUCGUAAAACUGGCGACGAACUCCCGAGAACAGGCAGGGUACAGGCAUUAUUUAUACUAGAGGCUAUGCCUAAGGAACUAAGAGACACAUACAUACAUACACACGUGUGUGUAUGUAUGUGUGUGUCUGUGUGUGUGUGUGUACAGUGAAUUAUCGUCAAACAAACCCCUGCCAGCUCCACGACCCCACACGGCGUGGGCAGGGAGAGGAGCCUCAUCCAGCAGUGGAUCGAGAAUGCAACGUGUAGCUGUGGCCGUGGGAGCCGCGGGUUUACACUACGUGAGGAGGGUGUGUGUGUG